AUGACAGGGAAUCUUCCUAUUACGUUCCUAUAUAGCCUGUAUAUUCUAACUCAAGAAUCGUUCGAAAUUCGAAAGACAUUUUUCUUAACAAUGCAUGUCGCACCAGUUUAUUUAACUCCGGAACAAAACGAUAAAUUACGGCGGGUAUUAAUCCCGACGAUUCCUAUUUAUCCAUCACCGGCCACAUCAUCAUUUCCAACGUUACACAUUACUCCAAAAGAUUUUCUUCGUAAUCUUCUCAUAAAACUCCGAGAACAUUCAAUUGAAAUCUCGUCGAUUCGUUUACAUGGCGGAGCAGCAUCCUAUGUACUUGUCAAUGAUUCAGAUUUCGUCUAUCGUGAUAUUGAUAUUCUUUUUCUCAUCAAAACAUCGUUAUCAUCUGAACAACAAACAACACUUUUCUCUUCCAAUAAUGAACCUUAUCUUUGUGAUGUUUGGACAAUUAUUAAAUAUGUUAUUUCGUCUUGUUUGAUGGAACAUAUUCCAAAUGCCACGUCGUGUACACAAUACUUUAUUUCCUUGGUCCUUGAUACAUAUUCGAAGAAGAAUAUUAAAAUUACGUCCGAUCAAGAUUCUUGGGCAUUAUUAUCCUUACAGAAUCUCCUCGGGCAGAAUCUUGAAUUGAAGUUUGUCGAAAGUCUGAAACGCCAAUGGCAGUUCAGUGUCGAUUCCUUUCAAAUCGAUCUUCGCCCAUUGCUUUUCGAGAAAAUCAAUUCCAAAUCAGUAACGACCAAGAUUGACACGAAAAAUUUAGUCAUCGAAGCUUUCAGCGGACUAACAAUCAUCAAGAAACCGAACGACGAACAAUCAAAUGCCAGUACGAGUCCAUUACAAUUCGGUUCUUUUGCUCCAUCUUCUUUACCGGAUGUAAGUGAACAAGAAAAUCCUAUUCAAUGUCAAACAUUGGCAACAAUAACAACGAUCGAAGUAGAGAAAGCUAAUUCAGCCUGCGAAUCCCGUUCUCGUUCAUCGAAACCAUCGGAAGCAACGCACGACGAUAAUCAAUCGAAUUCCUCACUUCAAUUUCAAAUUUCAAUCAAUGAAGAUGUUGAUGAUGGCAUCGAAGUUGAUGCCGACGACUCCACGAAUGAAGAUGAUGAUCAAGUAUUUCCUUCAUCGGUUACCGAUAAAGAAAGUUCGACAACCGAUGUUCUAUCAUCCUCGUCAUCGUCGUCAGCAUCAGCGGCAGUACCAUUAUUGAGUGAAGUUUUCUCAGCCUACAAAGAUCUACAUCAAGCACUGGACCAUUUAAAUAAGAAAUUGAUUUGUACAUAUGAACCAGAAGCAAUGCGUGGUGGAGGUCUAUUGAAAUAUUGUGAUCUAUUAGCAAGAAAAUAUGAACUUUAUGACAUAGCUAUUAUGGUUCACAUGGAACGGUACAUGUGCUCACGCUUUUUCAUCGAUUAUAACAGUAGUGUGGAACAAAUUCAUGUUAUUGCCCAAUAUGCUGCUACCCAUUUCUUACCAUCGUUGAUUAUCAGUAAUUUACACAUAACUAACAACACGAACGAAAUCUUUCAUCAACGAGCAUACACACAAACUCAAUUGAUGAAUUCCAAAUAUGAUAGCAAACAAAUCGAUCGAUCUGAUCUGCUGAAUGCUCGAUUAUGUUCAUUAUUUUUCGAUCAUUUGAGUUAUGUUAUUCACCGAAGUACUGUUUGCCUCACGUAUGAAGAACAACAGUUCUUGUUAUCCAACAUUUAUUUUCUCAAAGAAUGCUAUCACCGCGAAUAUGGACCGUUAUUUGAAGGUGACAAUGAGCAUUAUCAAAAAUAUCAUGUAUAUAAUCAUCAAUAUCCUUCUCACAACCACCACUAUCAUCAUCAUCAUUAUCGAAAUUAUAACACAUCAAUGAAUUCCAGUCAAUCGACAUCGCCCUCAAAAUCUCAUGGAAGCCGUGGAAAUUCGAACCGAAAUUAUCAUUCACAAAGACAAGCAAACAAUACGUUCCAUCGUGGCCAUCGGUCAUACGUGCAACCACAAACAGUACAUCAUCGAAAUUAA